AUGGGCCACUGGCGAUUCAUGGCCAAUAUCAGGCCCCGUUUCUUCUACAGGUGCCGCAAUAUCAACGAUAAGCCCUAUCAACAGCAAAAUAUCAUCUCACGCCGCCCGGGAGCAGUCCUCAGCCCCCGCCAUGCCGCUUCUGUUAAGGUACUUCGCCACCGUAGCACAGAAAGAGUGAUGGAGGAGAGGCUCCGGUGCCGUCGUUGA